AUGGACCUGAGGACUCUGACAUUUGGGAUCCUCCUGCUGGGAUGCUGGCAGCCAGCGGUCGGAGAGGGCACAGGGUCUCUCCAGAAGUGCAAGAAGUGCCGCGAAUGCUCCACGGACAACGGUUGCCUGAGCUGCCAACACCGCCUCUUCUUCCUGAUCCUAAGGGAGGGGAUCAGGCAGCGAGGGGAGUGCGUGCACGUCUGCCCUGUGGGACACUACAGCCUGCGGGGUAAAGAAAUGAACCGCUGCCUGAGAUGCAAGGCCAGGAACUGUGAAGUGUGCUUCAGCCGUGAGUUCUGCAUCAAGUGUAGUCCCGACCACUACCUGUUGAAGGGCAAAUGUUACAUCGCCUGUCCCGAGGGUUCAGCUCCACAGGACCAACCAAUGGAUUGUGUGGAUGGAUGCGAGGUUGGAUCAUGGAGCGCGUGGAGUCCUUGUAUGAGGAACCAGCGGACUUGUGGCUACAAGUGGGGGUCUGAGACCAGAACCCGGCAGGAGCUGUCUGCCUCAGAGAAUCUCUCUGAGCCCUGCGUUGCCCUGAAGAUGACAAGGAAAUGCAGGAUAAAGAACAGACACUGCCCUGGAGACAAAAAGAUGCAUAGAAACAGAGGGGGCAGGUGGAGGAAUAAAGGUCUGGCGAGUGGCAUGAGAUCAGAGGAGGGCAACUCCUCCUCAUAACGUCCAGGGCUCACUACAGGAGGGAGUGGGGGCAAAUGCCCUGAUUAAGGUGGAGCCCUGCGGACUCGGCAGCACAAUGAGGGCACACCGAGGACCAAACGGAGAGUACAUCCUCCUGCCUGAAGUGGACACUGUAUUUUGUGUAGAUUUCCCCAGACCUGGAAUGCCUUUCGCCUUGCAGGAAUGUAUCACUGCAGUGGCUUGGGUGGAAUUACUAACACUGAGACUGGACAGUAGUGACAGCCCAGCACAUCACCCAAUGGUGGACGUGUCAUCAGCUGUCAGACUUCAAUUUCCUCUCUACCCCAUCAACCGUCCUUCAAUCCCACUCAUAUAUCCCUCGCCUACCCUCCUGCUCUCCCAAUACCCCCUCCUACUUCUCCACCGAUCUUCCAUCUCUACCUGUCUCCCAAUAUCCCCUUCCAACUCCACCCCUCUUCCAUCUCUAAACCCCACCUCUACCUCUCCCUCUCCUAAUAUUUGUUUCCCUAAUCCAACACUUCCUUGCUGCUAUUCCCCUCCCACCUCUGCCCCCUCACACCUCUACUCCUCUCCCAAAACCCAUCUCUGAUCUCAACCCCUUACAAAUAACCCCCUCCAACACCCUCUCCCACCUCUACACCUCUUCCAAUACCCAAAUCCCAUCUCAACCUGUUACCAAUAACCCAACUCCACCCCUUUCCAAAUACUAUCUCCAAACACCAACCUUCUCCCACCCCUACUUAUCACUUGCCUCUUCCUCUUCGUUUUAACUUCCUCCUCCCACUUCUCUCCACCUCUCUCCUCCUUGCCUCUGUUCACACCCCACCACAACUCCCCUUCUUUUCUAGCUCUUUCCUUGCUUCUCCUUCACUAUCCCCCAAUCAACUAGUUCCCAUCUUCUAUCUCCAACACCCUCUUCCCCUUUCUCUCCAUCCCCCACCUCCCCUCCCUCUAUCUUCCCCAUUCUACCUCCUCCCUCCACCCCCACA